AUGCCAUCGAAUUUGUCUUCGAUAAACGUAACAAUCCUGGGUAGCGCGUCUGCCCAACCGUCUUCUUCGAGAAACCAUUCUUCUCUUGCAUUGCGUCUAAACGGCGAUGUCUGGUUGUUUGACUGUGGGGAAGCCACACAGCACAGAAUUCAAAAGAGUAGCGUGAAGAUGGGCAAGAUACAGAAGAUAUUCAUCACACACACACAUGGCGAUCACAUCUUCGGCAUCCUGCCCCUCCUUGCAAGCAGAUGCGAUGGCGCUGGAGGUAUGGUGGAUGAUUCAGCUGAUCCUAGGACACAGGAAGAAAGCCGAGAAACGACCCCGCCUAUUGAGAUCUAUGGUCCGCUCGGCACGCGUGCAUACAUCCGAAGCGGCCUCGCGUACACCUACACGAACUUAGCUUCGCCCUACGUUGUGCACGAGCUACGCUUUCCGGCCGACCCGUCUGGCGACCACACAUCCCUCCCUCUCCACACGUCUGAGUCGCCGGACGGACGUAACAUCGAGCAAUUCGACGGCGUAUGGCCUGAGAUCUACAAGGAUGAGCUAGUUACGGUCUCUGCAGCGCCGAUAUUACAUUCAAUUCCUUGUGUAGGCUACGUCGUGACCGAACUGCCUGUCCCGGGAAAGAUGGACCCGAAAGACUACGUGCCCCACCUCAAACGCACCAAGACUCCGAUGUCGGUCAUGAGGAAGCUACAACAAGGCGAAAGCGUCACGCUAUCUGAUGGGACAGUGUUGCACGGUCCUUCCCGGAGACCUGGCCGCAAGCUGGCGGUUCUUGGGGACACCUACGACCCUUCACCAAUCGCAGAGCUCGCUGCAAAUGUAGACCUGCUAGUGCAUGAGGCCACAAACGCGCAUCUACCUGGAGUGGAUCCGAAUACAAAACCAGACGACACGUACGAAAGUGUCGAGGCACGCACCAAGUCCCGCGGACACUCAACACCACAAAUGGCAGGAAAGUUCGCCAGAAGAAUAGGCGCGAAGAAGCUUCUGCUGAAUCACUUCUCCGCGCGAUAUGCGGGAAACGAUGAUGUGGAUCCGGAUGCGAAGAAAAUCAUGGACGCCAUUAGAGAACUUGCCGCUGGAGAUUUCGAAGGAGAGGUGGUGUGUGCAAGGGACUUCAUGAGCUUUGAUGUAGAACCGCGGCGAUAA